UCCUAUUCCCUUACUCCUGGAGGUUGCCCGGCCCCUGCGGGAGGAUUCCUGUCUCCUGUUACCUGUGCAAUUCAUUGCGUAGGCUCGCCUCGGGUGAUAAGUGACUCGACGUGACAGAAUUACGCACCCUGGAUCGCUUGGGUGGAUGAGAGCGCACACGUCGACUACUUUUCGGGGACUUUCCCUCAAAGCAUUUAAAUGUGAAGUGCUGCCUACAUUUUUUUCCCAGGGCCGAAGUCCCAGCGGGUCCACGUCUGCUCUUCCCCGGAUAGAGGCUGGAUGGUGAGACCGAUGCGCGCCCUCGAACAUCUUGGAAACGCACGUUUAACGGAUCGUUUCCCCCGCGUGUCACAGCUUCUUUUGGAUCCUACUCACUUGUCGGCUUCUAUGUAUUCUCCCUCAAAUAUAUGGUGGUAGACAGGAGAGGGGAGAAAGGCAGUGUGAAGAGGAUGUGGCUUGCGCAAAUCAACCGCUGGUCUGAACCGACUCGACCUGUUUUACCUGGACGCUUGCGGAUGAUUUUGCACUUCUGAAAUCUCGCCUGGACCCCCGCGCUGAUAAAGCAGGACUCUGAUGCUGAAUAUACAAAGGCUGAACACUGAAUCCUUUACUCAAGACGGCAAGUGAAGAUGGGUCCUACGUGUUUAAUGUAUAUUUCGUUAGAUUGGCGUCCAGUCUAAUAAACAUCAUCAGCGAUGUAGUCAGCUUGUUCAUCUGCGUGCUGAUCAUUUGCAGUAAAUACUCACAUCUGCUCAAAAGGGAGACCAUGAAGAUGAUCCUUCUGCGCAAAUUCCGGUUCUUGAUCCUCAUGGUGUUCCUCAUUGCAUGCUCGAUGCACAUAAUGAUAGACUUGUUACCAAAGCUGGAGAGGCACAGCAACAGCGGCUGCUCAUGCUCCCACACGCCGAGCGAGGAGCCCCAGAGCUGGGGGAAGCAGGGCUGGCCUAACAAGCACACCCUGCGGAUCCUCCAGGACUUCAGCAACGAGCCCAGCUCAAAUGUUUCCUCCCACUCCCUGGAAAGGAUCCCGGUUACAGGCGACAAAAGACAGGCUCUCAGGAGGCUUGAGCAUCACGAGCAACGCGGUGACAGGAAGAGACAGUUCAUCCAGGACGCCACGGUGACCAAGAACAUGCCGGUUAAGGGUUCAAGGUUGUCGGCUCUCUAUGACCACCCCUUAUAUAAAAGAUCCGUGCCGCCUCUGACAGACGAGGACACGCUGUUCAACGUCAACACGGACAUCAGAUUUGACCCCAAAGCAGCAGAGGAUCAGGCAUGGAAUCAUGAAGGCAACGUGGACGAGUUCAGCCCAACAGGGGAGCUGACGGCCGACUCCUACCCGAACUGGCUCCGCUUCCACAUUGGGAUUAAUCGAUACGAGCUGUACUCCAGACACAACCCGGUCAUUGAUGCUCUCCUGAAAGACUUGGUCACCCAGAGGAUCACCAGCGUCGCAAUGAAGUCUGGAGGCACUCAGCUCAAGCUCAUCAUGACCUUCCAGAACUACGGCCAAGCUCUCUUUAAACCCAUGAAGCAGACCCGGGAGCAGGAGACCCCACCAGACUUCUUCUAUUUCUCUGACUUUGAAAGACACAAUGCUGAGAUUGCUGCCUUUCAUCUGGACAGGAUCCUGGACUUUCGCCGUGUCCCUCCUGUGGCAGGCAGGCUUGUCAACAUGACCAAGGAGAUCCGAGAUGUGACACGAGACAAAAAGCUCUGGAGGACCUUCUUCAUUUCACCAGCCAACAAUGUGUGUUUCUAUGGAGAGUGUUCGUACUACUGCUCCACUGAGCACGCUCUGUGCGGGAAACCGGACCAGAUAGAAGGAUCCUUGGCGGCCUUCCUCCCAGACCUGGCCCUCGCCAAACGCAAAACCUGGAGGAACCCGUGGAGACGGUCCUACCACAAACGCAAGAAGGCAGAAUGGGAGGUGGACCCGGACUACUGCGAGGAAGUUAAACAGACUCCACCUUACGACAGUGGGACAAGGCUGCUGGACAUCAUGGACAUGACUGUCUUUGACUUCCUCAUGGGAAACAUGGAUCGCCACCAUUACGAGACGUUCGAAAAGUUUGGAAAUGAGACCUUUAUCAUCCAUCUGGACAAUGGCAGAGGCUUUGGAAAACACUCCCAUGACGAGGUGUCCAUUCUGGUGCCAUUGACGCAGUGCUGCAGGGUAAGGAAGUCGACCUACUUGCGUCUGCAGCUGCUGGCUAAGGAAGAAUACAAGCUGUCCACGCUCGUAGCAGAAUCCCUGGUGAGGGACCGCCUCAGUCCCAUCCUCAUCCAGCCACACCUGGAUGCAAUGGACCGACGGCUACGCCAGGUGCUGAAUGUGCUGUCAGAAUGCAUUGAAAAGGAGGGCUACAGUUACGUUGUAGAGGACGACCUCCAGGGGCACCAAGGGACAGACCAUGCCCACACUGGCCCACGACGGAGGUAGCUAUGUUGGGGUGCUGGCAGCUGGAUAGGACUGAAUCCCUGAAGAUUGGAGACUGGACUGAGCAGAUCUCUUAAAACUGAAUUGGCCUCCUGUAACACAGAUGAGCUCCCUGUACUGAAUUUCUCAGAGAUUUCUUUUGCUGAACUUACAGGGAAGCACACCUGCCUGAGGUUAAUAUAAGCUGUGUGGAAGUGGAGGCCUGCUGGAUAGGACUGGACUUUGACAAACAGUGCAAUGACAUGUACUGAUGCUUGAGAUGCAGAUGAUGUCGAAGACUUCUUGAUGGUUCUGGGGCCAGGUCACAAACGAAACUGAACCUCCCCCGCCCUCCUCCCCACAUCACCCAGGCUCCUUAAAAUAUCCAACCCUGACUCUAGUGUAGGAUAGUGUCACCACAGCUGACCCAAACACCCACCGACCCACCGCAGCACUACCAAACCAUGAAAGUCUUGCAAGAGACGCCUUCUCUGUCUUGUUCAGUACCCUUUUUUUGAAUUCAGUGAAUUCUGAGGGAACCCACCCCCCACCCCCUCUUCACAAGCUGAAUUAUGUGUGUUUAUACGUAUUGUUGGUAUCGCAAGUGGCAAUUGGUUGAACAUUCAUGGUGGAGGUUGAGUUCCUUUUGUCUUAAUUAUAAAAAUUAUGUUUUAUUGCAUAGUGUCUUGCCGAUUCAGCUUCUAUCAUUGGUAUUCAAGAUGGAGAUAUUUGAUUGGAGUGCGGGUUUACUCCUGGAUUAAUUUUGUCCACAAAUGUUACAUGUACUUGAGAGAGUAUUUAUUAAAAUUCAUAUUUAUUGUUUGAAAUGAACACCAAUCAGUAACACUACAUCGUCCGUUUUCUGUUAAAAUGAACUAUCGAAUUUCCACCAGUGGUGUACUUCCUCAUUUGUCCAAAAGAGGGCAAACUGAGCAUGUACAAAAGUGGCUGCCAGUACCGUGCCUCUCAGUAAAGGUAACCCUCUCCAUAUCUCACCCCUUCGCAAGCAUUGGUUUGAUCGGAAUGAGCAAGUCUCUGCCUGUGUUUACACCAUUUAAUCCCAGCUACUGUUUCUUUCAGUGCAGCAGAUAUGAGGUUAGAUAUAUGGUACCAAAAGCCAAAUGUGACACUAAUAGUUUUAUAUUAUUGUUUCUUUGUAAUAUACUAUUUGAUGUCCAGAUGUUGCUGUUGUGGAGAGAUUAUUUUUCAGGAUGUAUAUUUCAUUCAUAACCAACAGCUGAUAGCUUAACUGUUGGUGUCAACGAUUCAGUCACUGGCUGAAAGUUAAUAUAUACAGUAGGAAAAUAUAGUGCCUGUGCAAUGAUAGAAAUACUUGAAUGUCUGGUUUCAUAGCAGGAAAAGGUAUGAACUCCUCCUGGGUACGAACUUUAGAUAAGAUACAGAGGUCUACAUAUAUACGUGUGUGCUGACUCCAUUUGUUCCAUAAGGUUUUAUUAUACAGCCUAAGUUUCCAUAGUCCUGUGUCAGAUCAGUAUGUGUGGAGGUAUGGAUGGAUUCAUGGAGAACGUUUAGAUAAUGUUCUUAAAAGGGAAAAUGCUUCUUUUUUAUUCAAAUCAUUGUUUCUGUUUUUGUUGUUUGUUUUUUAUUUUUUAUUUCUUUGCAUCAUGGUAAA